UGAAAAAUAAGUUUGUUUAUUUGCUAUAACGAGGUACAUCCAGCCCAAUUUUGCAACACCCUACUUCUUUAGUACCACACGCUUUAUCACUUUCUUGCAUCUGCUCAUCUUUUAACUAGGAAAUGUUUCACUAACUGACAAUAUUACUCGCAAAAGUAACUUUGGUUCUUCUAGACGAGUCCACAAGUGCACCAAAAGAUAAAAAUAAGGUCACAAUCCAUAUACCGUUGUUGUAUUUUUAUAUAUUACCAGUUGCUUCCUACUGUGAACUAUUGAAAAAUGCCAAGUCAUCAGUUAUCGGGUACUGAGUUGCACAGACAGUUUAACUUCACCAAUACCACAUUUGACCAUUUUGCCUCUGGCACAGAUUCAUCUAUAUAGUCUGAUCGAAGCAAUAGAGAAAAGAUAACAUAUAUAAGCGCUGGUCACUUGAAAACACGUCACGAGUUUCACAACAAGGCUUUGAUUUUCAAGAAUGACCUGUAUCCUUCCUCUUUUUCCAACUGAUAACAAUGGAAAUGCACUAUUUUUCCUAUGUUCUCUGUAGGCUUAGUCCUCUAUGUGUGGAACUAUUCUGAUAAGCCCCUGCCAUGCCUGGUAAGUUCAUUUCAGUGGAGUUUGUUGUUUUUGUGGCCAUGCCGCUAAAUUUAUGCUCUUUAUUUUCAAUAUGCAUGUGUAUUAGCUUUUUCCUCCUGUAGAAUAUACAUUGACCCCAUUUGGAAUGUAGGAAUCACAUUAGGAUUGUAGACAAAUUGCUAUGUUUCAUGCAUGACUCUUGACCAGUGAGCAUUGUUCUAUUUUGUGUCUUGGGCUCUGAGCAUAAACUUCGCAAAUCACUAUCUGAUGAGAAGCAGCAUGACAUAGAUGGGUGGUAGGAGAUGAAGGUGAGAGAGAGUGUUAAGCACUUCAAUGAACCUUACUGUAAGCACAGAAGCAAAGCCAACGCCCAGCCCUCGCACGCCACAGGCUGCUCACACUUCAGCCAUCGGUUCUGCUGGCAUGCAUGACAUCACAGCUCAAUACAUGCAGUGCAUGAAAGACAAACUUCGUUUAUCUGUCCAUACCAAGUCUACGGAGAAACAAUUGAGCAGCUUCCCUCUUUGUGCUGGAUUACAGGAACUUCCCCUACGGAUGCAAUACAUCACCUCUGUUGUUCUUUCUUCUUUGAUACUCCAGGCCUAGCUUACCUCUGUUUGCUCUGUCUUCUGUGUGUGCGCCUUUUGUUAGUACUCGAUGUGUGCUAAUUAGUUCAGGCAUCCUUUUAACCUUGUAUGUUAAGUAAACUCAUGGAACAAUCGUUACCUGUAUCAUG